AAUGUUUAUAUUUUAUUUUGUUUUGAACGCCUCGAAAUCACUCUCGAAUUAAAUACCUACGUAAUAAAAAAUACAUUGGGAUUAAAAAAAAAUACACAUUUCACACAAUGAAACCUUCUAUAGACGUAGAUACGUUGAGAACGGAGCACGAAUCCGAGGAACAGUGGGAAGUUAGACGUAGUUUCCUUUUAGAACACAAAGACGAUUUUCCAGAAGCUGAAUUAGUGACACUGGCGCAAAUCUAUACCAAUAUCGAAUUUUUAGGAUGCAGAUAUCCACCUCAAACAAUGAAACGUAUUUCGGUAUUGGCCGAGAAAGUGUCCGCCAAGUACAAGGAGAGCAGAAAGAAUAAGUUGAAACGAACUUUCGUGCAAGCCAGCGAUGCGGCCGAGCAAAAAGCUAAACGUACCUUCAUGAAAUAGUAUUAACUGUACAAAUACUUGUAACUAUACUUGAGACCUUAGAACUUAUUAUUAUCUCAAGGUGGGUGGCGCAUUUACGUCGUAGAUGUCUAUGGGCGCCAGUAACCACUUAACACCAGGUGGGCUGUGAGCUCGUUCACCCAUUUAAACAAAUAAAUGUUUGGGUCUAUAUGUGUUCGUUAUUUAUCUAAUUGUGCAAAGUUUACUGCAACAGUUAUCAUUAAAAUUGCUUUCAUGGUUUAUUCUCAAAUUUAUUUCGUAUUGUUACACGCUGGGGUUCUGGUUAAUAAAAAUUCUGCCGAAGUACAAAUUAAAACUCUAUUUAACUUAGAAAACUCACAGAACAGUUUACAGUUCGUAAUUCGCUUUUUCCGCUUUGCUCCAAAUCGCAUAUUAUAAUUUGCGUAAUUACUGUUGGUAGGACCCUCUUAUGAGUCCGCGCGGG